AUGACUGAUCCUCUGAGCAUCGCCGCGAGCAUCAUCGCCGUCAUUCAAGCUACCGACAAAGUAUUGACAUGCUGCUACUCCUACGUCGGAAGAGUCAAAAGCGCGGCAGAAGACAUCGACAGAGCGGUUCAAGAAACUAGUCUCCUCAAAGGACUCCUACUGAACCUCCAUGAGCUAGCCCAGGAUGAGUCUAAUAACCAAAGACUCGCGAGCUUAGUUGCUCUGGCGGGUGCAUUGUCCAUUUGCACCGAAGCACUUGAGGAGAUCGAGACAAAACUCCAGCCACGGCCAACGAAAUUGACAACAAAACAAAGGCUCCUCUGGCCGUUUGAGUCGAAGAAGCUGGAGGAGAUUCUUGAACGUAUGCGGAAGCAGAAACCGACAUUACUAUUAGCCCUGGCUACCAAAAAUAUGGAUGUCACAAGGAAGAUCCGAAAUGACGUCGAAGACAUUCAAAACUCGAUAGAAUCUGCGCAGCUGCAUGACAAGCGGGAGAAGAUUUUGAAUUGGCUUCGGCCAAAUGAUCCCAAAGACAAACACAUGAUCUCCAGGCUGGAACAUGAGGAGGGGACGAACCAAUGGGUUCUCGACAAUCCAAAGUUCAGAAAAUGGAUACAGGAGCCGAGACAGAGUAUUUGGCUGCACGGCAUUCCAGGUUGCGGUAAGACAAUCAUGUCCUCAACCAUCAUUGAACACGUCAUGAAGCUUUGCCAGUCUAAAAGUGGCAGUAGGCUGGCUUACUACUACUUUGACUUCAGUGACGCUACUAACCAGAAGCUGUCUGUCUUGUUACGUUCUCUAAUUUUUCAACUAUGUAUGAAAAUGGAUUUAGUGCCAGACGCAAUGUCGGUUCUAUACGAUAAAUGCGACCGAGGACGAUCAAAUCCUUCAGAAAAGAGUCUCACGGAGACUCUUUUUGGCAUUCUAAACUCUGAUGAACAAACAUACAUCAUUAUUGACGGCCUCGACGAGUGUCCGGACGAACCCAACAAUUCUGAAAGGGCAAGGCUAAAUGACUUGGUCCUCGGCGUAAUCGGCAAGCAUCCUGGAAAUUACAACUUCCUCUUCACCAGUCGAAAGGAGUAUGAUAUUGAAGAAGCAAUGAAAGCUAUUUCGAAGCGCACGGAUCUUCAUGUCAUUGAAAUCCAGACGGAAAACGUGGACUCUGAUGUGCGUCUUCACAUUCGGGGGUUUGUUUCUGGACACAAGCGCAUAUCCAAAUGGACGACAUCCAUCCGUGAAGAGAUAGAGGAUGAACUUGUGAAGGGAUCUCAGGGGAUGUUUCGCUGGGCGAAAUGCCAACUGCAAAUUAUCGGCAACUGUAUUCUUUCGGGUACAGCAAGAAAGAAGUUAAAACAGCUGCCGAUUACUCUCUACGAUACUUACGAUAGAAUCCUUGAGUCUAUUUCUGAAGAGAACAUUAGCGCUGUUCGAUCGGCACUCAUGUUCCUAGCAUAUUCAAUCACACCGAUGGGGGUUGAAGAGCUUGCUGAUGCCGUCGUGAUCAACGUUGAAGAGCAGUCGUUUGAUCCUAAAGAGCGAACGAGUGACCCGCUUUCAGUGAUUCUGGAGCUGUGUUCCAGCCUUGUGACAGUCACCGAGGCACCCCGCGACGACAAACCCUGGCUAUUCUCAUACACCGGGCGAUACGGGCCGUUAGGGGUGGUUAGAUUCUCCCAUUACUCAGUCAAAGAGUACAUAAUCUCAGAAAGAAACAAGCAGACGGCGCUGAAUUCCUUUUAUUUCAACGAAACAAGUUCUCACGAGCAUAUCACCCAAGCACUACUGUUGUAUAUUUUGACAGUUGCAUUCUCUGACCUAGACGCACCAAUUCCAACACGUGACAGGAAAUACCACCCACUCAGAAAAUACGCGUCGCAAUACUGGCCGCAACAUUAUCGCCAGGUUCCUCCAGAAAAGCGAUCAGGUCAGUUAUUGGAACACGUUCACUCGCUUUUCGACACCGAGGACCCUAGACCGUACAUAUUUUGGCUGCGCGUACAUAAUCAAGAUUACAACCCGAACAACCUAGUCUCACAUCAUGUUGGGCGAAACCUGGAUCAAUUUGCCCCGCCAAUUUACUUUGCCUCGCUGCUGGGCCAGCUGAGCACAUGCAAAUGGUUAAUCGAGAAAGGCUGCCGAAUCAACAAUCCUAGUGGGAGCUGCACUCUAGGAGAUCCUCUCCAGGCCGCCGCGCUUGGAAAUUACACAGAAAUUGUUCAGCUUCUCUUGGAUGAGGGUGCCCAGGUAAAUACGGACUGUGGAUACUUCGGAGAUCCCUUGCAAGCAGCUGCUUUUAGCGGCGGCUUUGAAACUGUUGAGCUUCUACUCAAAAAUGGCGCUGUCAUAAAUACCGAGCACGGCGAGUACGGCAAUGCGUUAAUUGCUGCUGCUCACAUGGGUCAUUUGCGAGUUGCAAAGAAACUGAUUAUGUGCGGAGCUGAUCCUGAGCUUAGGAGCACACAUCACAGCAAUGCGGUUGCUGGCGCUGCAUCUUCAGGACAAGCAGAGCUAGUCAAGCUUCUGCUCCUCAAGGGAAACGACAUCAAUGAUCCGAACGAGCCAACUGGAAGCGCUCUUUACUGUGCAUCAAAGACGGGUGACGUUCAACUGGUACGAAUGCUCAUCAAAGCUGGGGCGAAAGUCAAUGUCAUAUCUGGUGAUCUACAUACUGCUCUCCAGGUGGCCUGCAAUGAAGGUCAUGUUCAAGUGGUCAAGGUUCUGCUAGCUAAUGAUGCAGAUGUCAACCUUUUCGGUGGUAAGUUGGAUUCAGCGCUCCAGGCUUGUAUUGACCAUGGCGAUCUGGAUAUCUUGCAUCUCCUACUAGACCACGGGGCCGACUUAAAUCAUGAGGGGGGACGCUACCACUCGCCGCUUCAUUGCGCCACUUUCAGAGGCAAAGUAAGAGCAGCAGAAAUUCUCCUCGAUAGAGGCGCAGGAUUCAACGAUAGGAUAUUUCUCAUGGCCAUCGAAUAUGGACACAAGUCUCUGGUAAAGAGAAUGUUUUCUAAAAGAGUCAACGUGAAUGCCCAGGAGAAGGAAGGAACUGCGCUGCAGCUCGCAAUUCAAAGUAAGGAUAUGGAGACUGCUCGAGCCUUACUCGCAGACGACAGCAUCGAAAUCGAUGCUCGAGGCGGCGAAUACGGUGCUACGGCACUGCAUCUGGCACUGAAGAUCGGCAACGAGGAAAUGGUACGAGAACUGCUUCGCAAAGGAGCAUCUGUCAAUUCUGAAGGGGGGGAGUUUUACAAACCACUCACCGCUGCCGUCAUCAGCCAUGACGAGAAGCUGAUACGCCUUAUCCUUGACGCUGGGGCUGACAUCAAUGGCCACAGAGGUGGCUGGUACGAGUCUGCUCUCAAUGCUGCUGCUCGCGCAGGUCUAAAAACGGCCGUCAAUCUCUUUUUAGAUCUUGGCAUGGAUGUCAAUGAAUCGUCCGGCCGGAAUGAAAAUGACAAGUCAACACCACUCCAGUGUGCAUGUCAAAGGUCAGAUGUUGAGAUGGUGAAGCUUCUGGUCUCGCGAGGAGCAGACAUCAAUGCUCCUCCUGGAGAUGAGGGAAAUGCUCUUGCAUGUACCGUCGGACACAAAUGGGGUCUGAACGUCAGCGACGAAGACACCCAGAAGCUCGUUUACUUUUUACUCAAAAACGGCGCCGACGCUAGCUGUCCCGAACUAGAGCAGGGCUGCUCUGGAUACCAUCGGCGGUCCACUGCAUUGGACCUUGUGAUCAGACGUCAGAAAAAUGAUCUCGUUCGUGUUUUUCUUGCCCAUGGGAUGAAGUUCUGUUUGAAUUCUCUCCGAAUUGCUGUAGAAAGCCGAAACGAGGAAAUCGUUAGGCGAAUCAUUGCAAGCGGUGCCGAUAUCAAUGAGGGUGGAUAUAUUUUACUUUGUGAUGCCAUCAAUAGUGGCAAUCGGUCCAUCAUUCAGCUGCUCUUGGAUGCAGGGGCCGAUGUAAGCAGGCAGCAAGAAGGAAAAUAUAACUAUGGUUGUGCCCUAGGAUGCGCUCUCGAAAGGGAAGAUCUCCACCUCGUCCGACAGCUAUUAGACCUAGGCGCCGACCCUAACGGCUUUGCUGGGGUUUUCGGACCAGUACUCCGGCUCGCAGUGCAUAAAGGACUGACAGCAAUAGCGACUUUGAUGAUUGAAAAGGGCGCGGAUCCCAAUGCCAGCACAGAUGAUUUCCAAUCGCCGCUUGAGGCCGCGGUAAACCAGAACAGCGAGUCCAUGAUUCGUCUGCUGUUGGAUGCGGGAGCAGAUGUCAAUGUUGACGGUGGCCGCCCAUUCCUUACUGCCUGUAGCAGUGGAAAGACACACCUUGUCAAGCUCCUCAUUGAUGCCGGAGCAGAGAUCCACAUCCAGCAAGGUGUGCCGGGGUAUGCUCUGCAGAUGGCAGCAAAAUGGGGGCAUAUGGGUGUUUGCAAGCUUCUCAUAUCUCUCGCAGUCGACGUCAAUGCUCAAGGUGGCGAAGCCGGGGAUGCCCUUCGAGCGGUUCUGGGUAACAUGCAUCUCUGCGGAUCCGACACAGCGGCAUCAAUUGUCAAAUACCUUCUUAGCAUCGGCGCCGAUGUAAAUGCACCACCAUGUCAAAACUAUGUCAGCACACUGCAAGCAGCCGUGUCCAACGGCCAUGGCAGAUGCAUUGAUGCUCUAGUUGAGGCCGGAGCAGACGUCAAUGCUUAUGACCCAGAGUUUGGGACUGCCCUCAUAUCAUCAGCACGGUUUGCGAACAAAAACUGGUCCCACAAAUUGCUCGACCUCGGAGCCAACCCACAUCUAAUCGGUGGCCCAUACGGCAGUGCGCUUCAUGCUGCGGCUAGGGACGGCGAAAUGGAGCUUGUGGAGCGCCUUCUGGACAAAGGAGUCGAUGUGAAUCUUGUUGCAGGAAAGUAUGGCCAUGUGCUUCAGGCUGCUUGCAACCCACGCGGAAAUGUCGAUUAUCUACCUUGCGUCCGACUACUGAUCCAGCGCGGUUCGGAUGUUAAUGCCAAGGGUGGUAAAUAUGAAACAGCACUCCAAAGCGCAGCGAAGCGUGGGAAGUUCGAAGCCGUGAAAGUACUGCUCGAGCACGGUGCGGAUCCUUUGGUCCGCGGCGGAAAAUUUGGGACUGCAAUGGAGGCGGCAAAGGCCAAAGGGCACUGGCACAUUCUCAAUUAUCUUGAAAGAUAUAUUCGACAGCAUCAGUAA